AUGACGAAGACUGAAUGGAGGGUGGUAAAGAGCCGAAGAGUUGCAAGAAGAACCAUUGUCUUGGAAACGGAUCUCUUCUUGGAUCUGGUGACACUGAUGACUGCGGUAUUAGCUUCUGAAGGAGUCGAGGACAAUGGGGAGAUGUUUGCUGAGGAAGCUUUUGUCGCUCUUAGUCGAGGGUCUGGGGUACUCCAACCGACCUCCUACCGCCUCUUUCGCUCCAACGGGAAACUGUAG